UUCACCUGCUUCAUCAAAGGAAACAUUACAGAUUGCGGCACAUCGCAGAAAAACGAUAAAUUCAACGGUGAAAUCUUCGCUUGACGAUGUCGAGAUUUUAAACAGCAGACAAUAUUUUCACCCUGUCGGACAAAGUCGAUUUUUACGCAUUUUAAAGCCUAUGUAAGCUCGCGCCGAUGGCUUAGAUUAAGAGACGGUGUCAAAUGCAAGAAUGGUAUUCAUUCGGUUGCAUUGAAGUCGAGUUUAAGCAUUAGAAAUCAUUAAAGCUCGAACCGAUCGAGGGAUGGCGGCAAAUGGGAGAAUGAUAUUUUUUAUCGAAUGGGAUCGCGAAUUUGUCAGCUUUAUCAAAGGGGUGACCCUAUCGCCAUCGCUUCGAGGGCACAUCAUCGUUCAUAUUUUCUACCCGCAAGACAUCAGUCAGUCACUUCUUCCAGUCUACAAACCGUGGUUAUUCAAGCAUCCAACGCCUAAAGAAACCAAGGGAAGCACGAGGGAACAGCUAGAGAAUUACAUAAUAAAAUAUAAGUUUACUACUCAGGAUAGCCGAGCAGACGGGUUGAGUGGCGAGCCACACGCAUACGUGUUUACCAGAACUAACGAACUGAGCAAGGACAUUAUCGCGAGUACUUACAACAAAGGGAUCAGCUUGAAAACAAACUUACAAAAAGAAUGUACUUUGCUAGACUUUCUGGAUUACAAAUGCAAGGCCUGCAUGAUUGGAUUUAAAGAUAGAAAAGAGUUGCAUUCGCAUGAUAAAGAUUUCCACAGUUUAUUGUGUUUCAAUCCAGAAUGUAAGCACUGCAAAAAGGAAAAUUCAUUUUCCACGGAAGAGGAACUUCGACUUCACCUUUCUAAACAAAUGAAGUGUCAGUUUUGUCCAGGCAAAGUGUUCUGCUCCGAGACAUUUCUUGAAAAACAUUUGAAAAACUCUCACAAAAAGUGUUCAUGUCCAUGCGGCAAGUAUUUCGGUAAUAGACAGACUUAUCUGGACCACUUCUUCUCCUACUACCCACCCCCUAAAGGGUUGUCUAGACCUAAACACAGGGAUGGCGGCAUGCCUUCAGCUAACGUCCAUCCCAACAAAGUCAAACGAAAAGUGCAGAUUGAAGAAGACAAUGCGAUCACUACUAUGCGCUUGACCACUGCAUCAUCCUCUAGCACCAUGUUUUCUAUCGAAAGCCUUCCUGGUGACGGCUAACUCUAAGCCUAACUAUGAGACUGAGAGAAAUCCUUCUUGUUGACGCCUUACAAAGCCUAACUAGAAGAUGGAGAGCAUUAGAAAGUGAUAGAGGUGCUGAUCGGGAAAUUCGAAAAAUACUGUUAAAGAUUUCUGCACACCAAAAAUUGCUACCCUAGAAGCAAAAAAAUAUCCUCUAAAAACAUAACGCAGAUUUACUUGAAGUGUCAUAUUAAAAAAUAUAGUGUCGACGUACAAAAUGUCAAAAGUGUAUAGUUUGAAAGUCUGAAGUAAUUAAAUCAUCUAGAAAACG